GCGCACAAGUUGAGCCCCAUCUUGGGCGAGCGGAGCCGCGGCCCUACCGCGCUCCGGCAGCUCCGGGGCCGGUGCAGCGCAGCGGGUCCGCCCGCCCGCGGCCGCUGAGCGCCGCUCCCCGGGCCGCCGCGGCGCCCGCACCCCGCCUGCGGCGCGGCGGGGGUUUGCCCGUGGGGCGAGCCCGCGGGCCGGUUGCGAGCAGGAUGCGCCUGGCGCUGGUCUCCAGGUAGAGCGCGGAGACAGCGGGGGGGGUGGGACACGGGGCCGCCGGCCUCGCCCGGCCAGCGCGGGGCCCCUCGCGCGGGGCGGGCCGCGGGCCCGCUGCUGCGGCCCGCAGGAAGCCGCGGGGCGCUCGGAGCGGCGGCAGGGAGGAGAAGGAGGCCCGGCCGCGGGAAGAGGGCUGCGGAUAGGGAGGAAGAGGAGGAGCGCCGCCGCCCCCCGCCCGCCGCAGGAAGCCGCCGGAGGAUGUACGGUAGCGCCCGGGGCCCGGCCGGCACGCCGUGACAGCCCGCCCCAGCACCCCGCUCGCCUCGCCACGGCCGGCCGAACGCCUUCCUGCGGAGGAAACAUGUCCAAGAUGCCGGCCAAGAAGAAGAGCUGCUUCCAGAUCACCAGCGUGACCACGGCGCAGGUGGCCAGCAGCAUCACCGAGGACACCGAGAGCCUGGAUGACCCGGAUGAGUCCCGCACCGAGGACGUGUCUUCUGAAAUCUUUGAUGUUUCGCGAGCCACCGACUACGGCCCCGAGGACGUCUGUGAGCGGAGCUCCUCCGAAGAGACUCUCAACAACGUGGGCGAGGCCGAAACUCCCAGCAGCGUCUCUCCCAAUCUCCUUUUGGACGGGCAGCUGGCUGUGGCUGCUGCUGGGGUGGCUGCAGGCCCCAACGGGGGGGCUGUGCCCAAAAGUUCGGCUGUGCCCCUGCCAGCUGUUGCUCCUGGCACAGCUGGGGGGGGAGGCAGCAGUGCUCAGGCUGCCCUGCCCUCCACAGGGCCUUCUGCACCCAGUGCCCCCGGGGCCAUGUCUCAGACGGCGGCUGCUGCGUGCAGCUCACGCUUCAGGGUGAUCAAGCUGGACCACGGUACUGGGGAGCCCUACAGGCGAGGCCGAUGGACGUGUAUGGAGUACUAUGACCGGGAUUCAGAUGGUGGUGGUGUUCUGGGCAGGACUGGAGAUUGCAUUAGGCACAGCAGCACCUUCGAACAGGCUGCUCAAGACAGGGACAGUGGCCUCGGUGCCACAGGAGGUUCUGUUGUGAUCUCGGCUGUGCCAGCAUCAGCCCAUGGCCCCGAUUCUAUAGCUGACAGCUCCCUGGCUGCUGUGUCACAGCUGCUUCAGACAGAGAAAAUGAACCAGUCCUCUCUACAGCAACCUAGUUUUGUCAUUGGGCAACAGCAACAGCCCGUAGGUGGGGCCGUGCCUCAGAGUACUGCUCAGCCUGUGUUUUCUGGGGCUUCGGGAGCAAGUCAGCAAAUGAUAGUGCCGCAGCAACCGCAGGUAAAUCCGCAGGGUGUUUCACAGGCUGGAGCCAACGGGAAAGGCAUGGCACCUCCAAAUGUGACAGCAGGGCAGUCAAGCAUUCCUGUGGCCCAGCAGCAGGUGCAGCAGGCAAACAUACCAGUGACUCAACCUCAACAAUUUGCUUAUUCUCAGUCCCAGAUUCCACCAGUGCAUCUACUGCCGACGCAGCCUCCUGGGCAGGCUGAAUACAUGCAGCACAUGACAAUUAUGCAGUCUCAAGGAGCUAUUCAGCAGGCUGCUACAAGCUCUGCUCCAAGUACUGUGGCCUCCAGCCUUCCUGUGGGGCAGGUGACAGGCCAGAACCCCUCGCCUGUGGGAGCGCCAGUGAUGGGGGUGUCAGCGCAGCCCAGCGAAGCAGUCGCACAGGGGUCGGGGCUGUUGCAGAGUGGCCAAGCACAAGCAAGUCAGCCUGCCCUCCCGCAGCCGGGAGGUGUGGUGCAGCCAGGCCUUGGGCAUACGGGGGUUGUGCAACAGAAAUCUGUGACUCAGCAUCCAAUGGGGGGAAGCAGUCAAGUGUCGGGAAUGCCUGGCGCUGCCCAUGCUGUGGUCCCUGGAGUCCAGAGCGUGCCUGCAGUUGUGCCCGGUACAAGUGUGCCUAGUGCGUCCACCACCGCUUCUGCUGCUAUGCCAAACGUCCCUGUUACGCUGGUCCAGUCCCAGCUGACGAGCCACCCUUCUGUCAGCAGAAGCACUGGCGCGGUCCAGUCCCAGCACGUCGGACACUCGAUGAUGCAAGGCGCGCCCAACGCGCCCGCCAGCCUGCCUCAGGCGAGCCUCGGACAGUUUCAGACCCAGGCCCAGUCCUUAGCAGGCCAGAUUGAUGAUACUAGAAGAAAAUCGGAGCCCCUACCUCAGCCACCAGUUUCUCUUAUAGCUGAAAAUAAACCUCUUGUGAAGCCUCCCAUUCCAGACACUCUAGCAAAUCCUCUUCAGUUACCUGCAAGUACUCCAAUGAACAGUCUUGCCAGCUCUGUUUUUGGCAUAUCCAUUCCUGUUGAUGGUGAUGAAGACAGGAAUCCGUCAACUGCAUUCUACCAAGCGUUCCAUUUCAACAAGUUACACGAGUCAAAGACCACCUGGGAUAGGUAUGGAUGCUUGAGUAUGGAAUGCAUACAUGCUGAGGAUUUGCAAGUUGCAUUGGCUCUACAGUGGAUGGUGCACUCACAGAAUGUGUCAGACUCUCUCUCCAUUCAGUCAUCCAAAAAGACUUGUUUAAGGGAUAUUUUGGGUUUCUUCCUGGCCUUUUCAUAAGGACUGGAAUGUAUAAAUGUCAUUCUGCAGCCAUGGGAUAAAAUAUUUUUAUGCAAACUGGAAUUUGAUGUCAAGAGUUUAGGAUUUGAGAAAAAUAUACAAAAUUUUAAGAUUUGGCAGCACAGUUGGAGUUUCCCAUGAGAGCAGCUGUCACUGGAGGGCUCUGCUCAUGAAUGUCCCACAGGGGCUGCUUGGUGUUGGGAGCACUGUCAGAUGAAUAAAGAACAAGAUCAUGUGGGAAUUGUGCUACCAUAACAUCUAAAUCUCAUCUGCUUUUAGAAAGUGACAUGAACUAUAGUCAGCUGGCUUUAUCCUGAUGGCAAACUGGGGCACCCUGUGUCAGUGUGGAGCUCCUCCCAGGUGGGUGGAUGAGUAGGGGUCUGCGUGGUGCCAGCCUCUGCCUGCUGAAGUUGGGAGCCAGGAUGUGUCCAGGGAGCAGGGCUGGAAUCUAGACUCAGCAUCUCAGUCGUAGCACAGCUGCUCUGGGGAUGAGGGCAGCAAGAACAUUACCAAGUUGUGUAUAAAGCUGCUUAGAGCUUUCAGCACUGUUGGUGUCAUGUCAGGUGUGGGGUGUGUGGUAAAGCAGUGGUUUCCCUGGCUCAUUCCAGUCACCCUGCAGGGAGGGACAGCUCCUACACCCUCCCUGCAGGCAGAGGGGAGCUCAGAGCACAAGUUACUCACAGGAAAGGUGCCUCUGCAGCACGCCAUGCAGGUCAGCUCUUUGGGAGGCUGAGGGAAGGCUGCCUGUCUUUCUCAUGGGACUGCUUGAAUGCCUUAGAGUCAUGUAGUGGGGUUUGUUGUUUUAAAUAAUCACGCUACAAAGUGGCUGAAACAGGAAUAGAAGAACAAAGUUCCAAUCUCAAGUUUGACUAGACGGGUAUUGACAGCAGUUGUAGACUUGUGGUGCAGAGAUGGGGAAGCAGAUCCCACUGCCAAGUGUGCUAUUUGCUUUAAUUGUCCUCUCGUUACCUCUUCAGAGCUGCCUCAUCUGACCUGUAGAGUGGUAUCCAUGAAGGACUGUGAGAGGACAUGGAGUCUUGGGGAUUUUGUGGUUCACGAACACUGAUACUUCUGACAGAGUCAGAUGAGUCUGAUAUGUGUUAACUCAACAUGGAAAGGCAUACUUCCCUUGGCAUGAGUUAUAAAUAGCUUUUAUUCUGAGGAGGUUUACCAUAGAUAGGUAAGAAAAGAGGCUUAGAAGACAGUAAGAGAUUGGAACAAUUUCCUUCCGAAAUGGGUAUUUAGUGCUUUUGGUUUGGGUUUCAAGACUGGUUCGGUAGAAGUAGAGGCUGUUGCUUCCCCAGUCUGCAAACCUGGUGCCCUCCAGUUGUCAAAGCCCAGUUCUAGUGCUGAUGGUUCUAUGGGAGCCCUUAAAAUUAACUUCUCUGACCAGUAUCACUCUUCAGGAGCUGAGCUGUGUUUCACAUCUGUGACUAGUACUGCACAUUGCCAUACUCUUUGUAAAAAGCCUUGAGUGAUUUUUUUCUUAACACUUGGUUUUUGGUGAGUUGCACAAUUCCAGAGAGGUGAGUUUUCCAGCAUGACUGCAACCCUUGCAUUUUCCCCAUGCUAACUCUACUAAACGUGGCUGCACACUACUGAUAGCCAUGUCCAUGGCUGGGAGUGUUAUCAGCAGCUCCCUGUUGGGGCUGUCACAGCCCAGGAACCACUGUCUGUGUCAGAGCGGGGCUGGGUGGGAAAUGGGACCCCUGAGACCUGGGGUGGGAGGUGGCUGCUGGGGGCUGCAGCCCUGUGUGCCCUGGGGAGAGCCACGCUCCUCUCUGAACAGAGAAACCAGAGUCUGGGGGGCACAGGGCACCCCCGGCCUGCCGAAAUCCCGACUGCAGAGCUGUGAGUGAGGGACUGGCUUGUGUGCCUGUGCUGUGACUUGGAAACAAACCCUGGCUAUUACGGGCUGGGUUUCCAUCACGCAGGAUUCAGAGAUCCCAGUUUGGGAUCCCGUUGGCACAGUAAAUAACAUCCUCACAGUGUACUGAGGCGUGGUGGUGGACACCAGUGCCUGUGGAAGAGGCUGUGACCCCCAGCUGUGUGUUUGUCAGCUGUCAGACGGGAUCCAGGGAGAGUUCACUGGGAACCAGUGGCCGCAGGCUCAGGGCUCUGGUCUCUCGCCCUCCUGCUGGUUGCUGCCGCAGGCUGCAGGGGCUGUGCUGCACCAGGAGCUGCUUACCUGGAACCUGGACUCAAGUGAGUCCAGAGAACAGGUAUUAAAACAGGAUUUUUUCUUCAUUGCUUUAUAAAAACAGUUUGGAAGAAAUAAUGCUAGUGAGAAGAAUCCGAUUAAUAUCCCAUGAACUCUUGUUUCCCUCAGUGAAGCAAGCUGGUAAAUGAGGCCAGGAAUCAAAGCAGUUGGUUUAGUGUUUAUUCUAGUGCAUUUUCAUGGCUAUGGGUGUCGUAAGCCCAGUAUGAGAAGGUAUAACCUGAAGGAGCAUGUUUCUUGUGGGUCACAACUGUACUGGGUAACUGGGUGGGGUGAGGGGUGUGAGGGGCAUGGGACACCCCCCUGUGUGUGUAUACUGGAUUCUUGACUCUCAGCUUCAGCCUUCCAGUGACAGCAUGAUCCAGGAGUCCUGCGGGUGCACCCUUUUACCCGAGUGAUACAAUAACACUCACAGAGUUUUCUCAUU